AAAAAAAACGCGACCGAAAGGGGAUGCACAGCGGGGCAGGAGAAAGGCAGCUUUACAGGCAGAAAAUCGGGACUGCUGAAGCUGCUAAACAUGGCGUGUCACCUCGUUUGUGGAGUAAGCGGUGUUGCGGGGAAACAGUGAGUUUGUAGCACAGUGAGGUUGUGUUUCCACUUUGUUCCUCGAGCGGUUUGCGUUGUUAAACACAUCUGCAACGAUGCGGGCUGUGGACCGGAGCGGGACCGCUGCAAUUAUACUCUGCCUUUUCGGAUACCUUUUCUCCAAAGCUGCUACCAAAACAUUACCAGAGGAUACGGCUGCACAAGAGGUAACUCUGAAGGUUCACCUGAGCGAUGCCAGCACUCACCAGCCUCUGGUUGGAGCCACUGUACAGCUUUUUGCCAACCGUACUUCUUUAACAACGGAAACCUCAUCUGCUGAUGGCAACAUCUACCUGCAUUUCCCCUACCGCCUUGGGACACCGUUUGUUGUCACCGCAACCAAACAAGGAUAUGUGCCAAACUCUGUGCCCUGGACUCCCUCCAGAUUACCUGUAUUUUCGUCCAUUAGUCUGGACCUGCUGCCAGAAAGAGCUGCUACUCUGAUGGUGUAUGAAGAUGUUGUCGAGAUUGUUCCAGGAUUACAAGGUUUAAGAGUCCAGCCCAGGGUUCAUUUUCCGCGCAGAGCUCUCAGUCUUCCUCCUGGAACAUCAUAUGCUAACCUGACUGCUCUCCUCACCGUGGCAAGCUCCCCCUCACAUAUCCAGCACUUUCCCCACCUGCAGAUGGUCAAUGGUAAUGGCACAGGGACGGACAAGAAGUUCGAGUUGACUCCUGUUGCAGCCAUCUCUGUUCACCUAUUGGCUGGAGAUGGAGUGGAUCUGCAGGUGACCGAGCCAAUCACCUUCUCUGUGCCCCUGCCGCCUGAUAGUGGCCUGAAGGAAAAUGAUCACCUCCCUGCUUGGAGAUUUGACCCACGGUUGGGUAUCUGGAUAAAGAGCAGUUUGGUUCAAGUGCAAAGGGAGGGAAACCAGCUUAGUCUGACUUGCAUUGUUCCUCAGCUGGGGUAUUGGGUGACCGCCAUGUCUUCUCUACACGCAGGUCCAAUGGUCGCAAAGGACAUCAGCAUGUACCACACCGUGUUUCUGUUGGCCAUACUUGGAGGCAUGGCUCUCAUCCUGCUCUGUCUGCUCUGCCUUCUUCUGUACUACUGCAGACGUCGUUGUUUAAAGCCACGAGGGUCUCACCGCAAGCUCACGCUGUCCUCUGGACUGGACAGCAGUAAGAGGGACCAAGCCACCUCCAUGUCCCACCUGAACCUCAUCAGCAAUGAGGUGCAGCUGGAGCUUGUUUCCACAGGAACUGAGCCCGACAUGACCACUCCGAUGCUGAAGCCUUCCUCUUAUGCCUCAUAUGAGCACCAAGACAAUCAACGUCAACGCAGCCUAAUCCAUCAAAGCAAACACAGCCGCUCCUCUCUUGGCAACAGCAGCCACCACGGAUCAUCUCUAGGCAAUCUGACGCCUCGUAGUCGAGACUACCGACAGUCUGUGGAGACGUUUCAGCUGAAGGCUGCCCUUUCAUCCGGAACAGAAAGGGGCUACCGUCAAUCAUAUACCUCCGUCUGCUCAUCUAGCAACCAGAUUUCAGAUGCGUUGUCAUCUACCAAUCACGGUCAAGUGUCAGCUACACAGCUGAGCAAUGUUGGGAUUAUUGAUUGCGUCUCCCCUUCCUCUCCCCCUCACUCCCCCAGCAGGGGGGAGGGAGGUGAGUGCAGGCCUCCUGACCAUCUUCUGUCCCGGUCUGUGGACCACUUGGAGCGGCCCAAUCCCCAGUUGCUCUCCCGGCCAGGCCAGCUGCUUUGCUGCGGGUCUGUAGAUCUGCUGAGUGGAGGUGAAGGCUACUCAAGAGUGCGUCCCACACUGGUAAUCCCAGCACACUAUAUGCGCCUGCCUGGGGAGCACCCUCUGUCAGGUCAGGCCCUCCUGCUGCAGACUGACCAGCAGAGUGAUUUAGAGACCAUCCAGGCUGAGCUCAAUGCCUCACAUUCCCAGCAGCCCCUGGGGCAAACUCGAACUGACUACGAACCAGGUCCCAAAAAGCAAAGUGAAGCAGAUGGUCUCGGUCUGUCAGAGUCUCUGUCUAUUCCAGGAGCUCUUGGGGAAUCAGCUCUUGUAGAAAUAAACAGUGAGGACACUUUGCUGGCUGAAAAGACUUUAAUGGAGCUGAGAGGAGGGAAGCCUCUGCCUCACCCACGAGCCUGGUUUGUCUCACUGGAUGGACGUUCCAAUGCUCACAUUCGCCACUCCUACAUUGAUCUUCAGCGGGCAGGGUGCCACAACAACACACCGAGUGCAGGAGGUCAACAAGGUAGUGAAGGAAGGCAUGGCAGUUGUAAUGAUGCCAGUCUGGACUCAGGUGUGGACUUGAACGAGCCAAGAGUGGGGCGCAGGGGGAAAGAUGUUGAGCAGGAGGAAAGAGAGGUCGAGAAAGACAGAUCGAAGGGGUCAACGGCCUAUACUCAGCUGGUGUUUGUGGAUGAUCUGAAUGGGGGAAGCUGUGAGGAGGAGAAGUGCAGUCCCAAGGGCAGCAAAUCUGGACCUAUCUUGUCAGACAAAGCAGAUGAUAACAGAGGGGAUCAGGGGCACGGGGAUGAGUUGGGUAAAAGAGCUGAGGGAGUACAAAUACAAGAGGAACCACCCUCACUUUCCUCUACGUCCCCUACUUCUCCUCCACCCCUGCCAACCCCAGAGGGAGUGACCUUCAGGACUGAUCACGCACUGCUGUCAGUCUCUCCGGAUGAGGACACAGUACAUGAGGAUGCAGAGGAGGAGAAGAAAAGCCCCUGGCAAAGGAGGGAGGAGCGACCCCUGCUGGCCUUCAACCUCAAAUGAUUAACAGAUGACAAUUAAAGAAAAGAUUCACAUUUUUUUCCCCAAGUCUGUCUAAAUAGAACACCAGUAACUACAUUUAAAGCAUUUUUAGUUGCCAUACUGUUUUAAAAAAAUGAACAGUGUAAGUGAAAAAGUCAGGUCCUCAUUCUGUACAAAAUUAAUCAAAAUUCACCAGAAGUUCGUAUGAGAAAGUUAAGUGAGGUUUAAUCAUAAGAGAUAAAUCACACAACAAAAAUAACAUUAAAAUCUCAGUGAAAACUGAUCUUAAAGUAGAACUGAGAAGCUCAUUAACUAAUGUUUCAGACAUGGUAGAGAGCCUUGGAAUGCAUGCUAAAUACAGCAUGUGGGCAAAAGCUUUAAAUCAACACUUAAGUGUAGCUCUUGAGCAAUGCCACUAAAAACAGUGUGUGUGCAUUGCUGAGAAAGCUGUACCCCACCCCUCCAACUCAAGGUGUCUUUUCUUGAUCUGAAAUGGUAAAUCUGCCUCAUACACAAAUGUUAUAAUCCUGUUCAAACCAGUAAUUGUGUUGGUGAGGUAAAAUGUCAUUAUGUGCUUACUAUUGCUGUUUGGCACAUUCUCUAGUGAGCUGAACAACUCAGAAAGUGGCACAAGAGUCGUGCUCAAUCGUAAUCCUGUCCACUAAUGUGACUGAACGUAUCCUUUCUGCAACUUUGAAGAGCGAGGACUAAAGAUUUAUUUCCUCCAUUUUUCAGUUCAAUUGACUUUAGGAGAGGAUCUCUUUGCAGGCAGUAUGGACAGGAGGAAAAAUGAUUAGGAAACACAUGCGCAUGUCAAUUUUGCUUUGAAACAGACUUGGGGAAAAAAUGUAAAUCUGUCAGUUAACCACAACUCCUCCUCUAUUCAGACCACAACAUGAAGGAUAUAUGUGUUUAAGUUGAAGCCCUUUGUUCUUAAUAUAGCACUGAAACAAUAUUUUAGCACUGGGGGCCCCUCUGGUCGAGAAAUGAACAAUUCUGCUGGACUCUUAACGACCGCUGUUGUACGCCACUUUUCAUGAAACACUAUGUAAACGGACCACUCAUCAGGCAUGGUAUCCACUUUGCCUGAGGGGAGACAUAAAGACGCUGGAGGCACGAAAUUAGGAUCUUUUAUGCACAACAAAUAUAUGCCUUUUAAAUAAAUAGCCUUGUAAGCAUAAAUGAACUGUACUAGAAACAGUCGAUGGGUGGUUCUGAGAAAUUGGAGUCUACAGGAAACGUUUUUCUUGAGCCAUAUUGGCCUCAGUCCAUUAGCUUAAUCUAGGAACAUGCAGCAACACUCAUUUGAAGGUUAUAACCCCAGUUCAGCCACGCUGACUGAUGUUUAAGAUUACAAAACAUCUGUGCAACACAGGGCAGGCGUGUUCAAGGGUUUUACUUCUAAUGGUUGUUAGUAUGUUGCUAGAGUUUAAUUUAGCCCAUCAGAAGGCUUUGUGGGAGAUGAAGUUUCUGGACUGAGGAGAUUUAACCACUAUCUGCUCUGCAGCAUAAUCAGAUAAUGUGACACACCGCUAUGCUGGUGGGUAAGGAUGUAAUACCACUACAAAGCCACCCAAGUUAGUUGUGAGGGAUAUUAGUAUGAAAGGUUUUGUAAUUAUGGAACCACUGACUGGCUUUUUUUUUUUGCUCUGAAGGCUAUGCAUAACUUUUAUAUGGCUGCUUGAUGCCUUUUUUUGUCAUUUUAAUCACUAUAAUUUUAAUUGCCAAACAUGAAGUAUUUUAUCUGAGAAUAGGCUAUUUUUUAUUUCUUUUAAAUGUUAAGGGCUUUUCUUCCGUACCCACUUUUAUUUCUCAAGCAACAGACUCUACAUAACCUUUCACUUGAAAUACCAACUGUAUUUGCUUGUUGUGUUUCACCUCCAUUUGUACCACUCUCCCAUGAUCCAAGUGCCUUUGAAUUACCUGACUCUACGGCAAAUUUGUGCAACAGAUUACCUUAUUUAUUUCUCACCUUCUUUUGCCUUCAUCUGCCCACCCCCCUCCUACCUCAGCCCUCACUUUCUCUCCUGCUUGUGAAAGAAAGCAUGCAGUAAACUUUCCUCAGCACUAAUACAUGACAAGCUACACCGCAGACAUCUCAGAAAAUGUCUACCAGCUGCUGCAAUCGUAAAAUCCUCUACAAUAAUCAGCAAGACUCCAAUCUCCCUCAGAGUAAGCAGUUAAAGAUGAUGUUUUUGUAUUUGUUUUUUUUUUUUUUAAAGUGUAGCACUGGAUGUGUGAAGCUACACUGCAGGUCAUUUCAGUGCAUUUUCUUAUUUUUGUGUUUUUAAUGGGUGAAUGUUUGUCUCAGAUGUGUUUACAGUGGCAGCAGUGUCCAUCUGUGAUGCUGCUGAGUUUGUGUUGACUGAGAAAUGAUCAUGGCUCCAGUCAAGAUCCACAUAGACAUAGCAACCAUAUUACAGAGUGUAUAGUUCUUUCCUUACCUCUGCCUUAUCAAAAUGAUGUGUGUCUUUUGUGUUAUGAAUGGCCUUUUCUCUCUUACUAUCCCACACAGCAAUCUCCCCUUCUAGGGUGGAGUAGCAAUACAGUAUCUUGAGUGUGUAAAUCAGAUGCUUGCAUUAUAUUUGAAGCCUGUUAUUCUGAAUA